CAUCGACAACCACCGAAAUCAAAUCCACCAACCUCAUCUCGCCCUCUCACUUCUCGAUCUCACGCUCGCAGAGGAGGGAGAGGGAAAGUAGAGAACCAUGCAGACCCGCUUCAAAGCCAUUGCCACGAUCGGUAGACUCUUCUCCACCACCGCCACCGAAUUCCCCAAGACCCUUGAGGGUCUCCGGGCCCGCCUCGCGCUCGAAUCCCCGACCCUCUCUGACUUCGCCUACUCCGUUGAGGUUGGCACCAAGAAGAAACCCCUCCCCAAGCCCAAGUGGAUGAAGGAGUCCGUCCCCGGUGGUCAAAAGUAUGUUCAGAUUAAGAAGAAGCUCCGCGAGCUCAACCUCCACACUGUCUGUGAGGAGGCCCGCUGCCCAAAUCUCGGCGAGUGCUGGUCCGGCGGCGAAACUGGCACCGCCACCGCCACCAUCAUGAUCCUCGGCGAUACCUGCACUCGCGGUUGCCGGUUUUGCAACGUGAAGACGUCGCGUACGCCUCCGCCUCCUGACCCGGAUGAGCCGGGCAAUGUGGCCGAGGCGAUUGCGUCGUGGGGUUUGGAUUAUGUGGUAAUCACGAGUGUGGACCGGGACGAUUUGCCCGACCAAGGUAGUGGGCAUUUUUCUGAGACGGUGCAAAAGUUGAAGGCGCUGAAGCCGAGUAUGUUGAUAGAGGCUUUGGUUCCGGAUUUUCGAGGAGAUCCUGGCUGUGUAGAGAAGGUUGCAAAAUCAGGGCUAGAUGUCUUUGCUCAUAACAUUGAGACAGUUGAAGAGCUUCAGAGUUCUGUGAGGGAUCGCCGUGCUAACUUCAAACAAUCUUUGGAUGUCUUAGUGACGGCCAAGUACAGCGCUCCUGCUGGGACACUUACCAAGACCUCAAUAAUGUUAGGCUGUGGAGAGACACCCGAUCAGGUUGUGAGAACUAUGGAGAAGGUGAGAGCAGCAGGUGUUGAUGUGAUGACAUUUGGUCAAUAUAUGAGACCGUCAAAGCGACAUAUGCCAGUGUCUGAAUACAUUACACCUGAGGCUUUUGAGAAGUAUCAGACUCUUGGCAUGGAGAUGGGGUUUCGAUAUGUUGCAUCUGGUCCGAUGGUCAGAUCUUCCUACAAAGCAGGUGAAUUCUACAUCAAAUCUAUGAUUGAAUCCGAUCGUGCUGCUGCUGCUUCACAGUCUGUUUCAUGUUGAGUGUUUUUUCCUUCAUUACGUUGAAUAUCGUAAAUUCAUCACUUCCGGUGUAUGAUUUAAGUGAUGAUUUACCUGGCUUAAGCUCAAUCUGCUUAGUACCCAUAUAAAGUGGAAUAGACGGGAAUAAAUUAGACGAGAAGGCUUUUCUCCUGGGUGCCAAAUUCUUUGUGUAAAAGUAUUGGAUUGUGUGGACACUCAAGUCACACUGAAGUCUCAACCUGGUGUUGUUGUGCACCCAAUUUAUUGUAAUUAUUCAA